AUGGCGAAUGCCAGCACAAACCUCACCAGUGCCGCGCGCGAGGUGCAGGUGCUCAAGAUCGACGGCUACAACGCGUGCAAGUCCAUGUGCACUGCGAAGAAGGGCUACAGGGACGACGGUUUCAUCGAAUCCAGAUGGAACGUCGGUGGGCACGAAUGGGAGGUACGCAUGUAUCCUGCGACGGUGAUAUUCGGGGCCGGCUACGGCGAGCCUCUGUGGCUUGCGCUGAAGCUCGUCAUCGUCGGCAAACCCGGGGUGAGGGCAGCUCUGGGCUGCCGGCUGGUGGACCCGAGAGGCCUACUCGAACCAUCUGAAGAGAAGAGCGUGUCAACGUACUUCGGGAGCUGCAAUUCUUGCACGGAAGCAAUCCUGCUCAUCGAAACACGAGAUCUGGCAGCGUCGGGUUAUCUCAGGGGCGAUUCGUUGUCUGUGGAAUGCAGCGUCACGGUUCUGAGGGAGUUGCCGGUACCGACUAUUCCAUUCCCAGCUAAAGAAGCGAUCGUUCCACCAUCCACCAACCUGCACCUGCACUUCGGUGAGCUCCUGCAGAGCGGGACCGGAGCGGAUGUCACGUUUAUCGUGUCUGGCGAAUCUUUUGCGGCGCACAAGCUCAUACUCUCUGCAAGGUCUCCUGUCUUCAUGGUGGAAUUCUUUGGAGAUAUGAAGGAGAAGACCUCGCAGAGCGUGGAGAUCGAGGACAUGGAGGCGACCGUGUUCAAGACUCUGCUUCAUUUCAUCUACACAGACACGGUCCCUGAACUGGAAAAGGAGCAGGAGGAGUCAACUGUGAUGUCUCAGCAUCUCCUUGCUGCCGCUGACAGGUACGGCCUCGACAGGCUCAAGCUGAUCUGCGAGGCCAAGCUCUCUCGUGUCGUCGCCGUCGACACGGCAGCGACAACUCUGGCGUUAGCUGAGCAGCACAAUUGUUUGCAGCUCAAGGGUAAGUGUGUUGAGUUCAUCCUCAGCAGUCCGGCGAUUCUAGAUGCUGUUCUUUUGACGGAGGGGUAUAAACACCUGGCGGCAAGCUGCCCUCUAGUGCUGGCCGAUCUUCUCAAGUCCGCACAUGGGAGAAAGUGUUGA